UCUUUUCCUGCCCUGCUUCUCACUGUCCACAUGCAGGCGAAGAAGCGAUACCUGCUGGUAUCUGUGGGGGCCUGUAGCCUGCUACUAGCCUACCUGUGUAGCCUACAAAUUGGUGAGUUCCACAAUCAGAACCAUGCCGAGCUUUACGGAGUCUCACAGAUCGCCGGUGUCCCACCUCGGCCGCCCCGCUGGCCGGAAUGGGUGGAUCCUCCCCUGCAGACGUACCUUGGUGAGGCCGAGCAGGAAGAGGACGGACCCCUGCUUCUUCAUCAACACACGUCUCCUCGCGAGAGACGAGAAAUACAGAAGAACAUCUACAAGAGCCGGCGAUGUCGCAUGGAGACCUGCUUCGAUUUCCAACGCUGCGAACGGGGGUUUAAAAUCUACGUGUAUCCGCCUCAGAAAGGUGAAGCGCCCUCGGAAAGCUACCAGAAGAUUCUGGCAGCCAUCGAGGAAUCGCGGUUCUACACGACGGACCCUAAUGAGGCCUGUCUGUUUGUAUUGAGUAUAGACACUCUAGACAGGGACCAGCUGUCCUCUCAGUAUGUACAUAACGUCCGAGCCCGAAUUCAAAGCCUCCCUCUGUGGUACGAAGGGAGGAACCAUCUAAUUUUUAACUUGUAUUCUGGAACGUGGCCUGAUUAUACGGAGGAACUAGGCUUCGAUAUCGGCCAAGCCAUGCUGGCCAAGGCCAGCACCGACAUGGACAACUUUAGACCGCGCUUUGAUGUGUCCAUCCCUUUGUUUUCAAAAGACCAUCCUCAGAAAGGAGGGAGCAAAGGUUAUCUGAAUCUUAACAAUGUCCCUCCCUUACGGAAAUACUUGCUGGUCUUCAAAGGGAAGAGGUAUCUAACUGGCAUCGGUUCUGAAACCAGAAAUGCUUUAUAUCAUAUACAUAAUGGGGAUGAUAUCAUUUUAUUGACUACCUGCAAACACGGGAAAGACUGGGAGAAACAUAAGGAUGCAAGGUGCGACAGAGACAAUGAAGAAUACACAAAGUUUGAUUAUCAAGAGCUGCUACACAACUCCAGUUUUUGCCUUGUUCCUCGGGGCAGGCGGCUCGGAUCCUUCCGCUUUCUAGAGGCCCUGCAGGCGGCCUGUAUUCCUGUGCUGCUGAGUAACGGAUGGGAGCUGCCCUUCUCAGAGGUCAUUGACUGGAGUAAAGCUGCCAUCAUUGGAGAUGAGAGAAUAUUGCUGCAGGUUCCAUCUAUAACCAGGUCUGUGGGUUCAGACAGAAUCCUGGCACUGCGGCAGCAGACUCAGUUCCUGUGGGAUGCCUACUUCUCCUCCGUCACAAAGAUAGUCUUAACCACAUUAGAGAUUAUCCAUGACAGGAUACGGACACACAUGUCCCGGAGCAGGUUGAUGUGGAAUUCUUUGCCUGGAGGACUCUACGCUCUUCCUGAGUUCUCCAGCGACCUCACCCUCUUCCCCUUCUACUACUCGACACUCGGUAAGAGUCCGUCUCAUGAGUUUACAGCCGUCAUUCAAGUGGUCACACCUCUACAGUCCCAACAGCAGCCCAUAUUCAAACUGAUCCAUGCGGUCGCCAAGUCCAAGUUCUGUGCGCAGAUUUUAGUGCUGUGGAACUGUGAGAAGCCUCCACCACCUAGAAACAAGUGGCCCUCCAUCACAACACUCUUCUCUAUCAUUGAGGGCAAAAGAAAGACGAUGAGUGGACGUUUUUUCCCUCAUCAAGCUAUCAAAACUGAUGCAGUUCUCAGCUUGGACGAGGACUCGGUUCUGUCCACCAAUGAGGUGGAUUUCGCCUUCAUCGUUUGGCAAAGUUUUCCAGAUCGGAUCGUAGGCUACCCAGCACGCAGCCAUUACUGGGACAGCGGGAAGGGGAAGUGGGGUUAUACCUCUAAAUGGACCAAUGAAUACUCCAUGGUGCUCACAGGAGCUGCGUUCUACCACAGGGAUUAUCAUCACCUGUACACAUACUACCUGCCGACGUCUCUGCUGUCAACGGUGGACCAGUUGGCCAACUGUGAGGACAUCCUCAUGAAUUUCCUCAUCUCCGCAGUAACCAAACUCCCGCCAAUCAAAGUCACACAGAAAAAACAGUACAAGGAGACCAUGAUGCAGCAGGGCUCUAAGGCGUCUCGAUGGGCCGACCCAGACCACUUUGCACAGCGUCAGUCCUGCAUGAACUCUUUCACGAGCUGGUUUGGCUUCAUGCCUCUCCUUCACUCUCAGUUGCGUCUGGAUCCCAUCCUCUUCAAAGACCAGGUCUCUAUCCUACGCAAGAAAUACAGAGACAUUGAGAGGUUGUGAGGGGCGAAUCCCUCCCAAACUCCGCUGAACUCAUCCGGACAUCCCCUAACAGACCUGCAGUGUUCAGUUCACCUGGACUCAUUAGAGACCAGAUACAAAUACAAUAUAUUCCAUCUACAGAAUAAAUGAUAACAAAAUAUGCAACACUGAAUGAUUUUAUCUGCGGCCAAAGAUUUCGUGGCAAGCAUUUGCUCAGAAUAGGACCGGCUCCUUGCGUGUUUGAAUUUGUUGUUGUCGUCGGUGUUGUUGUCUGUGUGGGCCGUAGCCGCUGCACAUGUAUGAACAAGAGGCAAAAGAGGCGUGUGAAUGGAUGAA